GUCCAAGCAUGAUUAACCAUACUACCAUAUGUCAUGAUAUUGACCUCGCCCGCGCUUCGCUUCGCUCGUCUCGUGUCUCCGUCCGCGGUUCGUUCAAGGUCUGUUAGCGACGCUGAUGUACCAGUGUAUUCCACUCAGCCUUGUAUGACUGAUGUCAAGAUGGAUUUGGGGCUGAGUACAUUCUAUCAACCAGCAGUCGCUCGCUGCAGAGGUCGUUCACUUCUUAGGACGACGAGCUCGCUCGCUUGAGAGCCUUUGUGUAACAGAUCGUCAAGAUGUAUACAGAUUUAGCGACGCUUUGCGCCCAAUGUAGCAAGCUCUUCCGCGCAAAACUGUACGUCAAUGGUAGCCUGCCGAGCCAGGACGUUACAUUCGUUGUCGACGACAUUGACGGAGCUCCUUGUGCGAAAGUAGACCCCGUCGACGAUGCGGGCAAUACUCACAUCACCCAUCAGCAUCACGGUCGUAUUGCCGCCCUUCAAGGUGCUGCGGCAGUAGGAUGCCGUUUAUGCCGCCUGAUUGCCGACACAUUCUUCGGAACAGAGUCUCGCAUCAACCGGCUCUGCAGUACGCCACAGGACACGGCAGAUGUUGACUCUUUCUUAGGUGACCGUGAUAGAGACGCACGGCAAAACUAUGAGAUUGUUGUGCGACGAGCACGCCAAUAUCUGUGGGACGGCACAGCAGUCAUUGACAAUCUGGCUGACACCGAAGCCCGUAGUCUCGACAGUCUGCCGGAGUUGACUGUCGAUCCUGUGAGGAUCGACGCUCAAACGGCCCACGUCGUGCCCGAGCUACAACAGAUACCUGUGCUUGAGAAACUUCGGCGCUGGUGCGUCGAGUGCGAUAGCCAUAAGGCAUGCUGCAGAUGGCAAGCCACAUCAUUCAAGCCCACGAGAUUGCUCGAGAUUUCUGCGGAUGGCGAUGAGGAGAGCGUCAAGCUAGUACCGGGAGGGUGUUUAGGGGUUUGGGAGAAGUAUACCACUUUGAGCCACCGCUGGGGAGCAGCAGGCCCAGACUUAAAGCUUACUCGCGAGAACCUCCCAGCUUUCGAGAAAGGUAUCAAGCUUGAAGCGUUGCCACUGACAUUCCGUCAUGCGGCGCAAGUGACUAGGUCUUUAGGUAUCCGGUAUCUUUGGAUCAAUGCUCUCUGCAUCAUACAAGGAGCGACAGGAGCGGACCAGCUGGACUGGCUGCAAGAAGCGACGAGGAUGCAUGAUGUCUAUCGACACGCAUAUCUGACGAUAUCCGCAGCACAGGCGAACGAUUCAACAUUGGGAUUGCUGUCUCCUACCUCUAGCUCGAGCGUAGACCCUUUAGUGAUUGAAAGCCAUGAAACGCUGUUGAACACUAGCAACACGAGCCUUCCAUUACACCAUCGGAAGAGCCACCGUUCUGUCCGCACGGCUAUGAUUUGGCCUACCACCAUCGAAUCAAUGCCCAUCAAUCAGCGUGGUUGGGUGCUCCAGGAACGUUUGCUCUCUACGCGAACCCUGUACUUUGCCAAUGACAAGGUCUACUGGGAGUGUGGGACGAUGAUACAGGACAGCAUCGAGCCGUAUCCGCGAAGGUUUGACAUGUCAACACCAGAACAAAUUGGCAAGGAGCCUUCAACCCAUUCCGCCAGCUACAACGUGGCUUGGGAAAGACUGAUCUACUGA